CAAAGCCGCGGAUAGGAAAGUCCACAUGGAUCCCAGGUGGAUUUCUAAAUCAGGAUGAAUGAUGUAUUAAGCGAGUCUGAAGGCAGGGAGUUGUUCCCAAGAAUUAAACCACUCUGUGUGCAGGUGAUGAGCUCACCCAGUCUUGAAACACUAACUAAAAUGAGGGAAGGACUGUUUAGUGUGCUGGGAUCUCGUGCCCUUCACCCGCAGAUGAUCGACUAUGUCCUUCUACCAGUUAGAAUGGUCAUCAACAAGUGUGGAAGCACCAAUCUGCGACUGCUGGAAGGAGGUUUAGAGACGCUGGAUACUGUGCUGGCCCAUGUGAGGGGCCUGGACAAUUGGGAGUUAUUCAAUAAUCUCUUGGUCUUUCUAUGCAUGCUACUGGACUCCAAGAUGGCCAAAGAGGCUGGUUUCACAGAGAGAUCUGAAGAUCUGGUUCUUGUGUGUGUCAGAGCACUCAGGACACUACUGCUGUGUCCAUCAGCUAGUGCUCGUCAACUUUUAUUUUCCAAUCUCCCUGCGGUUGGACACUGUGUGUCUGUCCUCUUGGAGACUCUCCAGUCAUUCACGAGCAAGACUCUUCGACAGCACGCUCUUGCUGCCCUACUAGCACUCUCGGGAAUCAAUGAAAACUCUCUCACUCUGUUACUUUCCAACACUGAAGUCCAAAACUCACCUCAGAUCGAUCAAAUAUCAAGCGGAGAUGGCUGUAACAAGUAUCUUGAUGGCUUGGUGGACACACUCGGAGUAGGGCCGGAGGAUUGUGGCCAUGUUUUUGCAUGCUUUCUCCCAGGAAUCACCAUGGUGAUUACCAAACUUGUAACAUCUGAAACCAAUCUGGGUAGCUCUGUUACUGUUCUCUCUCUCCUAACAUGGGCUCACUAUGUUGCCUUGGUAAUGAAGGACUCAGAAUGCUCCACACCAGAAAUUGAAGCAUCUAAAGGUUCCAAUUACGAUAAAGUUUCAGAAGAUGACCUGAGUCGAAAGAAAUUGGAAGUACAGAGGUCUUUGUCAUGGCAGCAAGAGACAGACUCCAAGCUGUGCGUAUUGGUGCAGCGUAUGAGUGGUCUAGUGACUAGUGAGAGCUGGAGAUCCAGGCUGGGACUCGUCGGGUGGGCACACAUCCUUCUCUCACACUCUUACAGAACUCUUACGACUUCCACCCCACACCUCCUCGAGUCACUAGUCACACUCUCACAUGACGAUUACCCUUUUAUCUCAAACUCUGCCCACCAUGCCAUUGCAACAUUUUCACAUCGCUAUGACAGCGACCAAUCAGAUACGAAACUGACAUCUCUUUUAGAGGGGCGUGUCCAUUCGCUAUGCUCUGCCCUGCCCAGACUGAUGAGACAAAACGAUGACAAGAGGAAAGUCACCACACUCCAGUUGUUAUCCGGGUACCUGCAGCUGCUAGGAAGUCAUGUGACAGCUCUUACCCACUCACACGCACACCUCUCUCGACUUGUUAUGGCACUAGUGCAGACGUUGGAAGUGCAAGUGUCUGAUACUCGUAUUAUGGAGCAGCCUGUAAUUCAAGACUCUCUUAUCAUGACUACCACCAACUCCUCCCCACUAUGCACUCCUUCACAACCACCCACCAAAAGAAGCAGUUCAGGCAGUAAUUCGAAUACGCCCGCUUUGUCCAAAAUUGCUCUGCACUUUGUUCAUUUCAGAGAAGAGCGCAUUGAGACUCUUCUUUACAGUGUCUGCCAGCUGCUUGGUCGGUAUGGUAACCUCCAGGUGGUGGUUGAUCAUCUGAUGGACCUGUAUCGAUCGUCUGAGGGUCAGAGGAAGGAGCUACUCAUCAUAUUGUCUCGGGUGCUCACAGGAGCUAAGACUGCACAGACUGAGACGAGUCACCUUCUAUCCUCUGAUGAGCUCUACCCGCUAGUGGAGAGUAUGGUGUUGGAGUUUGUGGAGACCGUUGCUCCGGGUCACACCCGACCUUCCAAGGAACUGUGGACCGAGGAACAGCCCUCCAAGCAUCAAGAUUCUGUUCUACAAUCUUGUCUUCUACUGAACACGAUACUUGCGUGUGCAAGAAUCUUGGAGACGAAGUUUGACUCCCUGUUACAACAGCUGGCCUACCCCCUGCUACAGUGGCUGGGAGACAGUGACAUUGGUGUCAGCGCUUACGCUAGGGGUGUGAUCCACUCCAUUGCAACUCUCUGUCAAUACAGGUCCAUUCAAAAGUUAAUCAGUGGGAAUGCCGACUACCUAGUGAACAGCACUGCCUUGAAUCUGCGAAGCCCCUCCUCUCUAGACCAUCACCUCCGAGCCACCCAUGUCCUCAGGGCCAUCCUUACUCAUGGAGAUGAGGAUGUGCUUCCUCUGAUGCGUGACUCACUGGACGAACUCCUCUUUUCAUUGGACGCCAGACGACAAAGCCCCACUCAUAUCUGGCCCACACUGCACUCCCUCUCAGAGAACUGUCUUCGCUGGUCUUCUUGUCAACCUUUAUUGCCUCCCACAAACUCUAGAAAUGAAUUGGAAAAUCCCUCUAUUAAAGAAACAGACACCCCUCAAGCUCAAACAUCGCCUGACGAUAUAAAACAGUUCUUUUUGAACUAUCACAGACAAAAAGAAGCUAACAAAAACGAUAGCGAAGAAAGUGAAGAAGUUGGCGAGUCUGAAGAGGAUGAUCCAUACAUGCAGAAACGAGAAUUAGCGCCAUUGACAAGAGCAAUUUUAAGUGUGAUGCAGCGCUGUGCCCACCACCUCUCCUCUCCCACACAACAGGUGCGACUACUUGCACUGGAGGCCCUGGCCAACGCCAUCAAUGCUCUCAAGUAUGACCAGACUACACUGUUGCCUGAGGUGCAUGAUGUCUGGUCACCUUUCCUCCCUCGUCUCUCUGACCCAGCCCCGCCAGUGGCUGUGAGGGCGUGGAGAGUGAUGCUUGUGAUGUGUGAAGUGUGUGGGGAAUUCCUACGCAAGAGAGUGGUUGCUAAAGUGUGGCCUCCGCUCGUCAAAUCUCUAGAGUCUCUAGCCUUGAAGAGUGUUAACGCUGAACCAUUGUACAGGCAGAGCUCCCAGUACAAGCUGCAGCAAUGCCUACUCACAUGUGUUAGCACCCUCUGUCUCAAACUGGCAGUCCCCAGCUCUGACAUGGAGACGCUGGCUCGGUCUUCUCUACUCUACCUAUCUGCAGAUCAACCUCAGGGACUGCAAGACACCUGCUUGGCCUGCUUCUGCAAUAUGAUUGCGUAUGAUUCAGAUGUUGUGUGGCUACUCCUUCAGCAGCUGUGUCCCCAUACUGUGUUAUCUCCAACUCACAGCACUUUGAAACCAUACACUUUUAAACAGUUUAUUAAGUCUGAUAAGUUUUUUGUUAAUGUACAGAAACUGAUUUUGUUAUGUUAAGGUAACUCUUAGUAAUGCACACCAUUCAUAACAACACGA